GUGGUCACCUAAGUGAUGCUCAGCUGCUGAGUGAUUUCCAUGCAGGAGAUAGGGAAGGAAAAGCCAAGGAGUCUCUGUGCCAACUAACCUUUGAGAGGGAAGCUAGGGUGCCCAGAGGGCACAGCAGCAUCACAUGGGUGCUGUCCUUGGGCUCACUAGGUCUGCCCCCUUCUCACUGCAGCCUUGGGAAGCCCUUUCUCCUGAGAGUUGGAGUGGGGACUGCUCCUGAGGAGGGUCACUAGGGCCUUCACUCAGCUCACAUGCAAAGCAGAGGAGUCAGGAAGACACUCUGGGAGCAGGAAUUGCCACAUAUGCUGGCAUUUUGCCUGCUCACAAGCAGCAGCCAACAGGUUUCUCACAGCCAGUGUGUAUGGGCUGAGAGGUCGGAUGUGCUGGGACGCUGCUGGCACAGACACGUUCUUUUUACUCUGCUGUAAUUGGGUCUUUCCUCCCAUUUACCAGAAGGGGAACAACCUCCCUUAUCUCCCCUGCUCACCUGGCACUGAUCAGAGUCUGCUGUACGCUCAGUCACAGGAGAAGAGAGAUCUGCACUCAGGAGGCGCUGUGAAGAAGACAAGUUUCCAGCUACUUCUGCCACUGCAGUUUCUCUGAAGGUCCUGUAUUGCUCAGUCCUCCUGGACCUACCUCUUCUCUCCCAAGAUGCUGAGAAGAGUCCUGUGCACAGUGCUGUUCAUGGGAGCCUUGCCAUCGCUGGCCGAAGCAUCCCAGGGCCACAUCUCAGUGGUCUUGCUGGGAGCCACAGGUGAUUUGGCCAAGAAGUAUUUAUGGCAGGGUCUAUUCCAACUCUACCUGGACCAAGUGAGCAGCGGCCACAGCUUCACCUUCCAUGGGGCUGCACUGAAGGCUCUGGAGCCGGGGCAGAGGUUGAUGUUUGAUGUGCUGAAGAAGCUGUCCUGUCCCCCAGACGAGUCUCCCAACAGAUGUGCUGUGCUCAAGGACCAGUUCCUUAAGCUGAGCCAAUACCACCAGCUGAAGACUGCCGAGAACUACACUAUGCUGAACAGAGAGAUCGAGACACUGCUUCGCCAGGAGGGGCUGAAGGAGGCUGGGAGGAUCUUCUACUUCUCAGUACCCCCAUUUGCCUACACAGAGAUUGCCCGGCACAUCAACAGCAGCUGCAGGCCCCCUCCAGGAGCCUGGUUGCGUGUGGUACUGGAGAAGCCUUUUGGCCAUGACCUGCAGUCAGCCCAACAGCUGGCUACGGAGCUGAGGAGCUUCUUCAGGGAAGAGGAGAUGUACCGGGUGGACCACUACCUUGGCAAACAGGCUGUAGCCCAUAUCCUGCCUUUUCGAGAUCAGAACCGACACUUUCUGGAUCCAAUUUGGAACCGACAUCAUGUGGAAAGAGUGGAGGUUGUCCUGAAAGAGACUGUGGAUGCUAAAGGCCGCACCAGCUUCUAUGAGCAGUAUGGAGUCAUCCGGGACGUGCUGCAGAACCACCUCACCGAAGCCCUGAUGUUCCUGACCAUGGAGCUCCCAGCCAACGUGAGCAGGGCUGAAGAGGUUCUGCAGUGCAAGCUGCAGGCCUUCCAGUCCUUGUGGGGCCUGGAGAAGAACAGUGCUGUGUUGGGUCAGUAUCAGGCUUAUGCCAGCCAAGUACAGGAGGAACUGCAGAAGGCACAAGACUACAUCAGCACAACACCAACCUUUGCAGGUGUGCUGGUUCACAGCGGCAGCCUGCGUUGGGAAGGGGUCCCCUUCCUCCUCACUUCUGGGAAAGCUCUGGAUGAACGGGUGGGUUAUGUCCGUGUUCUCUUCAAGAACCAGGCCUACUGCAUUCAGAGCGAGACCCUGCGGGAUGCGGGGCACAGCCAGUGUAAAGCCAAGCAGAUCGUCUUCUACAUUGGGCACGGUGCCCUCAGCACCCCUGCGGUGCUGGUGAGCAGGAACCUCUUCAGGCCCAUCAUGCCAGAAGGCAGCUGGAGAGAAGAAGUGGGUCAGUCAGAGCUGCGUAUCUUUGGACAGCCGUUGUCUGAUUACUAUGUGUAUGUCCCUGUGAAAGAGAGAGAUGCGUAUUCUGUCCUCAUCUCCAACAUCUACCAUGGCAGGAAGGACUUCUUCAUUACCACUGAGAACCUGCUGGCCUCCUGGGCAUUCUGGACACCGCUGCUGAACAGCAUCUCCAACCAGCCCCUGCGCCUCUACCCGGGGGGUGUGGAGAACCAGCACCUCUUAGACUUUGAAAUGGUGAGUGGGGAAGUGGCAUUCACCGUGGCAGAGCCAUUGGAAGUGCUGAACCCCAAGAGGCUGAUGCCAAGUGAUUUCAGGACCAUCCAGUCCAAGUUUCGGCAAAGCCCCCUGGUCUCAGCGUGGUCUGAGGACCUGAUUUCCCAGCUGGCUUCUGACAUGGAGGAGGCAGCAAGCAGGGCUGUGGCACGCUCUGGGCACUUCCACCUGGCCCUCUCGGGUGGCUCAAGCCCAGUGGUCCUAUUCCAGCGGCUGGCCAGACACCAUUAUGCCUUCCCAUGGAAGCACACCCACAUCUGGCUGGUGGAUGAGCGCUGUGUCCCCCUCACUGACACUGAGUCCAACUUCUUCAGCUUGCACAACCACCUCCUCCAGAGCGUCCGGGUGCCCUACUUCAACGUCCACCCCAUGCCUGUGCACCUGAACCAGCGUCUCUGUGUGGAAGAGGACAGGGGCACGGAGCUGUAUGCCAAGGAGAUCACAACCCUCGUGGCCAAUGCCAGCUUUGACCUGGUGCUGCUGGGGGUGGGCACUGAUGGGCACACUGCCUCGCUCUUCCCCCACUCUGCAGGCGGUUUGGAAGGGGCUCACACCGUGGUGCUGACUGAAAGCCCUGUCAAACCUCACCAAAGGAUGAGCCUGAGCCUGCCCCUCAUCAACAAGGCCAGGCGGGUGUUUGUGCUGGUUUUGGGGAAGGGUAAGCACGACAUCACCACCCUGCUCAGCAGAGUGGGCCACGAGCCCAGGAAAUGGCCUGCCUCGGGUGUCAGCCCCAGCUCUGGCCAGCUCGUGUGGUAUGUGGAUUAUGAAGCUCUGCUGGGGUGAUGCCUUCACGGUGUCCCUCCUCCCUUGGCUGCGUGGGUUUUCCUACACAAUGUCCAUGUUUUCCUGUUGCCAGCAGCAGCUUCAUCGCUGAAGGACUCCUCUAACGCGUGGCCUGCAGUGCCUCUGACAUCUGAGCUCGGGAAGGAGCUCGGCUCAGUGUUCAGAGCUAAGUAGGAUCCCGGAGCCCAAGGCAGCAUUUCUGGCUCUGCUAGGGGUUCUGACUGUGACUUUGGACAGAUUACCUCACCUUCAAGUGCCUCUGUUUUCCCUGUCAGGCCUUUGUGGUCAUUAGCAUUAUUUAACUACCUCACAGGCACUACAGGAGACUUGUUAAACGAAGUACCUGCCAAAUUUCAUGGUUAUUGUUUUAAUUCUCAGGUUAGAAGACAGUGAUAACAUGUUUAUCCCUUACCCUGGUCAGCCUGGCCAGGACAGUGUCAUUGUCUCAGCAAAAUGAUGGUUCUGUGCCCGUGGGUCUGUAGUCUCGUGUGUGUGCAGCCCAUGGGGGUGUCAGCCGGACAUGGACUAUGGCUGGAAGCAGAGACACCCAUCUGCUUUUGUGGUACGGAGCCCCUAAAUGGUGACAGUGCUUUGUGAGCUCCCAUGUGGUCCUGAGUCUUUGCAAAUUGCCCAGCAGCAGAGGCUGAGGUUAUAAGCAGUAAUUUGCUGCUUUCAUUAAGUGCAGAGCUGGUACCAUGGGGAUGGAGAAGGAAGACACAUUGCUUUUUAUGCUGUUAAAAUAAUGGGGACAGGGUGAAGAAUGUGGCAUUCACAGAGCUGUUAUUUGGCUGAAGUGCAAUAAUUGUUGAGGGAAAAGCUUGGUGUUCAGAGUUGUUCGGGCUUAGCUAGCAAAGAAAUGUUUUCUUUAGCUGUCUUUGUCUCAUUCUCUGAAAUGACCUUUUCCCUGUCCUCAGAAUUGAGGCUUGCCAUGGCAUGGAGUGCCUUAUAAAACUAUGGGAGGUGUCUUUAUGAACUAUCCACAUAUCUGUCAGUACAGCACACAUUAACGUGGUUACAGUGUUUGCAGAUGGUGGUGGUGGGGUUUGAGCUCAAAGAGACUGACUUAGAAGGGGAGGGAAGUUUGUGCUUAUCCCUUGAGCACACGGAACUAGCAAUUGCCUCUCUGACAGGACAGCAGUAAGUGGUUAUAGACAUGUGUAGUCCUGUUGCUCACAGGAGGGGUUGGACACAUCCAGUCCUACCUAGAGACCCCAUUCUCCCCGUCCUAAUUUUCACCUUUGCAGGAUGCUGGCCCUGUUUCCACAGAGAAGUAGCUGUGUGUGUGUGUGACCCAGGGCCUGAGGGCUCUGCAGGGACCCCAGUGCUGACAGGAGAUGGCGCCUGGACCUCGAAAAGCAGCAGUGGUGAGGUGUGUACUGCUCUUUCAGCAGGGCUGCUCAGGGACUGUGCCAGGCUUGGCUGCCCUUCACAGCCCUGAGCCUCCCAAGGGAAUAACAGGAACGUCAGGAGUGGACUUGGGAGUCUGGUGACCCUUCAAGGACCUAAAAGUCUGCAGGGAAAAGAAGGAGACUCUGCUUUAGAAAGCUGGGCAAUAAGCAUUGGCUUCGCAUCUUUCCCUGUGCAGGGAUCUGCUGGAUCCUAGUGAUGCAGAUGCGAAUCCGGGUACAAAUAGGUGCUAUGGACUGACAGCACACGGAGCAAGGUGGGCAGGUCUGUACAGCCUGUAUUCAGCCAGGUUCACAAGGUGUUGCCUUUCAGCAUAAUGCUUGUAUUGAUGCAGAAAUCAGAAUUGCCUCUGCUGACUGCACGGGUAAGUGCACUGCACAAGCUCUAGAGAGCCUGGUACUCGCACCGUGCCUCAGCCAGCAGCGCCAGGGAGAAUGUAACCUGGCAGAAGACCUUGGAAAAGGCCAAAUUCUCAGGGAAUGGCUGUGGUUUCUGGCAGACACCCCCCCCACCUUGCAGAUGCUCCAGAAAAGCUGCACUUUUCAUGCUGUAUUUGACUAAGCUGAGUUGCGCUGAUGCGUGUUGCGUUGCUAUAGCCUGGGAAGGAAGGGGAGUUGUGGAGUAGCUUUCUCAAGAGCUCAAAGGCAGAAGGGACACAAGUGCCUUUAACUGGUCUGUUUUGGCAACUGGGAUGGCUGGUUAUUCAUCUCUUGUGGGUGUUCAUGAAUAAGUGCUCCUGCCUGUUUCGUGGUUACAGGCAGCCUCAACUACAAGCACAAAUACCAAGGGGUGAAAAUAAAAUGCCAGGGGAAGAGAGUAGCCUAAAAAAGCAGGAGGAAGGCGAGCAUCUUGCUACAGGACUGGCUUGUCGAGUGGAUAUGCUGACACUGGAGGCUGGAGUAAGAGCCUACACCUAGGAGUUAACUGCAGUAACUCUCUUCCUAGAUGAGUGCUGGCAAACACUGGCUCCGGAAUGAAACAGCCGCGCAGAGAAAGAUGGUUUAGGUCUGGUAUGUCCAUAAACUCAAACAUCAUUUUUCGUGUUUGAAACAAAACCAGCCGUGUUAAUAACUUCAUUCCAGUUCAUUUGGUGUGAAGGAACAAGUUUUAGGAAAAAAUUGACCUGUGUGAGAAUAAAUGUCUUGUUCUGAAUGACAGAGUUCAUUACUACUUUAUGGAUGACUGUGGCACUGGUGUUUUCCUCUUUCUGCACACUUGCUUGGUAGUAUUUGGCUGGCACCUAUUGGAAUAAGCCCUAAUUUUACAGAGGUUUAUUUGCACUUUUACAUAAGCAUCUGGAGGGGUUUUUUGCUCUUCCCAGCUGACAAUAGGGUUCAUUUGUGAAGUCUCUAAUGGGGGACCCCAAAAUUCGCCCUAGACUUUAUUAAAGCCAGUAAAAGC